GCCUCUUUAGCGCAUUAUCGCCGUUGCUGCUGCUGCGAUUGCACCACGUCUUGCAUCUCAUGCGUCGACAGCGCGCCGUUGUUGUGUGUGUAGCGGCGCUGCGCUCCAUCACCGCACAACACGCAACGUCAAGCGAUUCUGUGAACCACCUCGACGCGCCAACCGCCACUGCACGCGGAAGACCUGCCGGUAUCAGAGCGGAUCAGCACGACAUCAGCGCGGUCGCCGCAGUCCGCCGCAGUCCCGCUGAUACAAGUGCAGCAGCGGGUAUGUACAGCGGCGAAGGCUACAACUCUAUCGAGCACCUGCGCACUUCUGGAGCAAGCGCUGCGUUGGGUCGCGUGCAAUGGACGCUGGGCGUGUUCGCACUUACCGGCUCCGUUGCGUUGCUGUACGCGGUGUACUACUUCACCACCUACACCUACGUGCUGACCACCAAUCCAGCGCCGUACCGCAACUCCCUUCUGCAUCAUUUCCCGUGCGAUGCGGCAAUCCUUGAAAACAGGUUCACGCUGAAACGGCACCUGGUGGAGGUGACGCCGGCCAUCCCACCGCUGCUCGUUGACGGUGCUGCGACAGGCGACGCGGUCGGGCUGUCCGACGCAGCCGAAAAGAAGGCAAAGAAACUGGCAGCUGAGGGAGACGACGUCGCCGCCGCAACGCGCUUUGUACGGCCGGCGCCUGCUAUUGUGGAGCGCCGGCUGCAUGUCAAUGCCCUGCUGCAUCGUGUGUACCUGUACCUGCAGAAGUCGCACUCCCUGGUGCUGGUGAAUGCGCAGGCGGAGCUCAACCCGCAACGCUUUGUGGACCGCUCCAACAGCGUCGGGCGUGAGGCACGCGCGUCGGUGGGGUUCCUGCGCGAGGAUCAGCUUCUGCCCGACCCUACGGAAAUGAAGGACACAGAGGAGGCAAGGCAGCGCAGGACGGGGUGGUGGUCGUGGAGGGCAUCCCCGGAAACGUCGCGUUCCGCCUCUUCCUCGUCUUCCGCAGACGUGACAGCGGCCACCGCAGGGCCACAACAGAUUUGCAUUGACAGUGAAGUGCGCCUGCGCGAUGCUAUAAAUGGCUACCAAAAAGGCCAUCUGUACACAUAUGAGCAGACAAUAACGCACCUUGUUCAAGAGAAGCUCGUGCAGCGCUUCUAUGACUAUAUAGUUGAGCGUGGCAUGUCGGAGCACAAAGGCUUGCGGAGGGUGUAUGCGAAGGAGCUGGUUCGCAAUGGGCUUAUUUCGGGCACCGGCGUCACACUGACGCAGCUGGUGCCGGAUGUGGUCCAGUUCGCCGAUGAAGUCUUUGACGAUGUGAAAGCGAAGUUUAGCGACGACGUGAUUGUGUAUCAUUAUAGCGUGAAACUGCGUUAA